AUGUAUGACACCUUCGACAACAACUACCAGGCAACGAUCGGCAUCGACUUUUUGAGCAAGACAAUGUAUUUAGAGGAUCGAACAGUCCGAUUGCAGCUGUGGGACACUGCGGGGCAGGAACGCUUUCGCAGCUUGAUUCCCAGCUACAUCCGCGAUUCUUCAGGUGCCAUUGUCGUAUAUGAUAUCACUAAUCGCGCUUCCUUCCUCAAUACCUCUAAGUGGAUCGAGGAUGUUCGAAGCGAGAGAGGGAACGAUGUCGUCAUCAUACUUGUUGGCAACAAGACUGACUUGGCAGACCGACGGCAAGUCUCCAUGGAAGAGGGUGAGGAAAAGGCCAAGGAGAAUGGCGUCAUGUUCAUCGAGACAAGCGCAAAGAUGGGCACCAACAUCAAGGGCCUCUUCCGACAAUUGGCACAGGCUCUGCCCGGACAGGACGAGGCGCCCAACGUUGAUAUGGCGACGCAGCCCACAGUUCAGCUAGAUCCGUCGUCUGUGUCUUCGGAUCCCAAGAAGAGCUGCUCCUGCUAA